ACUUAAUCUAUGGUCUAACCUAACAUAAAUAAGGUUAUUAUUUUGUUGCAUUUUGCAUUCGGUUUUAUAAAAAUGUAUUGCAAAAAAUGUAAAGAUCCCGGCUCUCUCACUAUUCGUAAAGAACACGUUUAUUGCUUAAAUUGUUUCAUGACAAACAUUAAUCAUAAAUUCAGAGCGUGUAUUGGUAAAAACAAAAUAUUAUCAUCAAGUGAAAAGGUUUUGGUUUGCCUAACUGGGGGACAAAGCUCCACAGUAUUACUGGACUUAAUCAAUAAUGGUUUAUUACAAGAUAAUCAUAAAAAACUAAGAAUAAGCCCAGUUUUCUUGCAUUUAACAGGAUUUGGAGAGAAGGAAAUGGAUCAUAAAGUUGCAGAAUUGGUUAUUAAUCAAUGCAAUUCCUAUAAAUUUAGUGUUUACAUUGUAAACAUUAAUAAAUUCUACUUUCAAAAAUCAAAUACUCUGCCUGAUGUUAACAGUUUAUCAGAGACAACUACUGACUGUGAAUUAAAGACUAAACUACAAAAUGUAUUAAGCAAAAUGACUCCCACAUCAAGCAAUGACAUAGAAACCAAAAUAAAACAUGAUACAUUCAGACGAGUGGCUAAAGAAUGUCAAUGUAAUUUUAUUUUUACGGCAGAAACAACAACUACAUUAGCAGUCAACUUGCUCUCUAAUCUUGCAAUUGGACGAGGAUCACAAGUAGAACAUGAUAUCGGUUUUUUAGAUAACCGAGAUGAAAUAAAAAUAUUAAGACCAAUGAAAGAUAUAACUGAAGAGGAAUUGCAUCAUUACAUACAAAUUAAGAAUCUUACCCACUUAUCAAAUGUUAAAAUUAAAGAAAACAGUCUUCAGUCAGUUAUAAAAAAUUUUGUGUGGGAUCUUCAAGAGAACUUCCCAGCUACUGUGUCAACUGUGUGCAAAACUGCUGAUAAAAUAGGAACAAUUGAGAAAACUAAUAUAACAUGUCUAGUUUGUAAGAGCUGCCUUGCAUUGAAGAAUGAAAAGCUUACAGCAAUAGAGGCAACAAAUUUUUCCAGAACAGUUUCAAAUUUCCAACCCGGUCAAUAUUUGAAUAAUGAACCAAUAAAAUCCUCUGCAGAAUGUGACACAUCAAUGUUCCCGUUCAUAAACAAAUAUUUCUGUUAUUGUUGUAGUAAAAAUUAUUUAGAGUCAGGACACCAAAAUCUUAAUCUAUUUAAAGAUAUCUCACUAAGCUAGUAUAAAAUACACUAUAUUUAAGUUCUAAAUCUAUAAAGCAGUGUAUAAUUUGUAUAAAUGUGUAGUUUUAAGACAAUAAAUAAAUUUUGUUGAAGGAUUUUUUUUUAUUAUUUCAAAAGUUUGUAAUGAAUAGUAGAAGUGUACUUCAAGUUAGUCACACGACGAAUCUGACGAAUUUUGUUCCUCCGUGAUGUAGCUUAGCACUGUAACGCAGAUUGCCUACGCGUGGUGCCAAAAUAGGUCAAAACGACGUUCAGACACCACUUGCACAGUAUUACGUUUUGUCGGUAUACUAGCACUGGAUAUAUACUUAAUUUAGCUAUUAUUAAUGUUAUCUGUCCUAAAACUACACUUCUGUCCAGUGCAUUAACCCAGUAAUAUGCUGAAAAUGCUUCAGUAAGUUGAAUUUUUAAUUCAACUUCAACCCCUUUUUAAAUUUCCUACAGCGCAAGUACGCAUUUUCUGGUGUCCCCCAGGAUAAAACUAUGUAGCGGUCCAAAAAUUCGUGUUUUCCUGCACCGUAAGAACGUAGGAAAUUAUGUACACGAAAAUUCGAAAAUCAUAUUGGUACAUGGCGGGAAUCGAACCCAAGACCUGUAGAUUAAAAGUCAAGUGCUUAAACCACUGACGCUCUUUUCAGAAAUUAUUGUAGUUGUAUUCUGCUAAAAAGUUUCCAAAUCAAAAUAAAAACCCCUUGGUUUUUGAGGAAUUAUUUUUAGAACAUAAGCUAUCUACAUUAAUAUUAAUCAUUCAUUCAUCUAUAUUACCUUCCAAUGAAAUUCCUUUGGUCUCCCCCUCCAGAUCUUUAAAAAAAGCUAUACACUUAUUCAUAUGUAUAUUAAUAAAAAUAAAAAAGAACAAGCACAAUAUAUAAAUGUAGUAUGCUUGUUGUGAACUUUACAAUUUUAUCAUCUGUUCCAUUAAGUAACAGAACAAACAUUAAAAUACAAUAAAUAUGCUGCAACCAUUCCGUGUCGUGGAUGCCUGCCUCUUCUAAACAAUAACAAUCAGAAAAGAAAGACAAAAUUAUAGUUUGAUUCCUAACUUAAUAAGGACAAAGUCCUAGCAUGUUAUAAACACAAACACAUGGCAGCAACACAGGGAAAAGUAUUAACUAAUUUAAUAUUUCGUGUAAUUAAUACAAA